CUCGCCUAUGUUUCGUCGCCCUUCGCCUCUGGCCUAUCUGUCUGUCUGUCUCCCUCUCCUCUCCCCUGCCGUGCGCGCCUUCCCCUCUUUGCCUCGGGAGACAGAGGUACACCUGGGUACGUAGUGGCAGACCGGCCGGUAGUUGAGUUGAGAGACGGCUGGUAGGCGGGAGAGAGAGGAGGCCUGAAGGAGAGUUAGCCUAGCGAUGGUGUUCUACUACAAGGCGCGGCCGGACGCCGGCGACUACACCAUCUACAUGGGCGCCGACAAGAACGAGAACGAGGAGCUCAUCAAGUACGGCCUCCCCGAGGACGUCUGGUUCCAUGUGGACAAAGUAUCCUCGGCGCACGUCUAUUUGCGGCUCAAGAAAGGCGAGACGAUAGAUACCAUCAGGGAGGGCCUACUGGAGGAUUGUGCGCAGCUCGUAAAGGCGCAUUCCAUUCAGGGGAACAAGAUGAACAAUGUUGAGGUGGUCUACACACCCUGGUCUAAUCUCAAGAAGUCCCCAUCCAUGGAUGUCGGCCAAGUUGGCUUCCAUAACCCUCGUAUGGUCCGUAUGUUGACAGUCGAGAAGCGUGUCAACGAGAUCAUCAACAGGCUGAACAAGACCAGGGUAGAGCGCCGGCCGGACUUGAAAGCCGAGAAAGAGGCCUCAAAUGCAGCGGAGAAGGCCGAGAGGAAGAUGCAGUUGAAAGAGAAGAAGCGUAGGGAGGAGAUGGAGAGGCUGGAGAAGGAGAAGUGGGCGGAGAUACGGAGCUACAAGGGCCUCAUGGUCGCCGAGAAGAUGACGUCCAACCGCCAGAUCGCCUCCGCCGGCAAAUCCAUUCAGGAAAUGGAGGAUGAGUUUGUCUGAUGAUUAUGUAUGUCGUGUUUGUGUGUGUGUGUGUGUGUAGUAAUUAUGUACGGAUGUAUAUCCAUGCGCGCGCGUGAUCUCAACGAGUUAACCAAUGAUCCAUCGAUCAUUCGAUCCAUUCCCUGACACGUCUGUACAUACGGAUCAUGAUCGUUGGAGACAUAGAUUAUGAUGAGAAGAGCGUACACAUAAGGUGGAACAAGUGUCAAGCUGUUGGGAGAGAUAUGGAUCCAUGAGGC